UCAAAGAAAAGUUACAAAAGCACGAUAUUUACAAAGACGAUCUCGCUAGAUGUGCCAAUUUGAAGGAAUAAUACCUACGAAGCUAAAAAGUUAAAUGGUUUUAUUUAACAGAGAAAGAGAAGGAAUGAGGAUUUUUUAGAGAUCAGUGCAUGAAUGGAGCCAAAUAUACACUGCUGACAUUCUAUUUAAACCGCCAAUUGUUCGACAAUCGCUUGAAAAGUUGCAAAUACUGCCUUGGCUAAGAUAUUGCACAUGGAAGAUUUUUUUCGUCCGGUUAAUUUCAAGAGAAAGCAUAUUUCAGCUCUUGGUUUCUUGUGGAUAAUCUCAUGGCUUCUUGUUUGCUUGGCUACUCGAACCACGGCUGCUGGGCCUUGCGAUUGUUCAGUGUGUGGCUCACAGUGUAGUGGAAAUAUUGAGUGUCCGGCAGGACAGUUCUUGGUGUCAAACGGAAGCAACUGGGGAUGCGUACAAUGUCCUUCGGGUUAUUUUUGUCCUGGUGGACGAAAUGCUUCGCAGCCAUGCCCUUCAGGAUAUUAUACACAAAGUCCAGGAAGAAUGGAUGAAGGAGGUUGUGAGAAAUGUCCAGCUGGCCAUUAUUGUCCAGUAAGAGGGGAACCACCUCGACCAUGUGACCCAGGAUACUAUACAAACAGCACUGGUCAAACGAAAUGUAACAUUUGUCCAGAAGGAUCGCAAUGUGAAAAUCAGGCCUAUAAACCAGAGAAAUGUCCUGAUGGCUUUUACAGUGCUCAAGGAAAUUCCACAUGUAGCAUCUGCCCAGCUGGAUAUCAGUGCCCGAAUGGUCUUUCUCCUCAGGCAUGCUCUGAGGGUUUCUAUGCAACAGCAAAAUCAUCUUCAUGCUUUGCUUGCACUACUGGUUCAAAAUGUCCUAGUAAAGGAAUGGCUGCACCAACUCCUUGCCCCGUUGGCUCAUAUACCAACAUUACAGGACAGACAUCAUGCUCUGAUUGUGAAGCAGGGCAUAGCUGUCUUAAUCAGGAUGCUUCUACACUAUGUCCUGCCGGUCAUUUUAGUAGACAUGGUGAAGCUGGUUGUUCACCAUGUGGCCUUGGAAACUACAGUGAGGCAGGAGCAACAGUAUGUAAGACUUGUCCGGCUGGACAACAGUGUGUAGAUCCAGCACAACCACCAGUAAAUUGUACAGAAGGAACAUAUUCAAUACAAGGUCAAGCAGCAUGUUCCAAGUGUGAUCCAGGACAUAUAAGUUCACCCUCAAAGACAUCAUGUUUGCCAUGCCCUGCUGGAUAUUAUUGUCCUGAUUCAAGUACUCCAUCCACUCCAUGUCCAUCAGGCAUGUAUUCAACAGGAGGAGCUUUAUACAACUGUACUGCCUGUCCAGCUGGGAGUGCUUGUGCAGAUCCUGCAGCCAAUCCAGUACCAUGUUCUGGAGCCACCUAUUCUCUGGCCAUGUGGACUGAGUGCAAGGCAUGUCCAGCUGGUCAUAGAUGUCCACAACACAAAACUAAAGAGCUGUGCCCAUUUGACGAUGCUUCAGGAUAUUAUUACAGCACUGAUUCGAUGAUCGAUUGUGCAAGCUGCCCCAAUGCCACCACAGGGAAGAUCUGUUUAUCGCGAGAAAAGCAACCAGUCAGUUGUCAAGCGGGUGAAGUUCCCAGUUCCUCUGGUACCUCAUGCGUUCGUUGUAGGCCUGGAUACUACUGCCCCUCUCCAACAGACACCGAGAAACCUUGCUUAGAUGGCCAGUAUUCACUUGAAGGAAUGACCGAGUGUCACGAUUGUCCUAGAGGAUUCGAGUGCCAAACACCUACUAACAUACCAACUCCUUGCACGGCCGGGUUUUAUGCCGAUACCUUGAAAACGAAAUCUUGUAUACCUUGUCCUGCUGGUAGCAAGUGCCCUUUGACAUCUGGUCCUCCACAGCUAUGUUCGUCAGGAACAUACAGUGAAGCUAAAGCCGUAAGCUGCAUUGUUUGUCCACCGGGUAUGGCCUGUCCUAACAAAUCGAAUCAUCUAGAUAAUAAGCUGUGCGAACGUGGAACAUAUUCUACUGCAGGAGAAAUAGUUUGUCACAUAUGUAGAAAGGGGUUUUACUGCCCUCUAACCACGAAAAACGUUGAAUUAAGCUGUCCUCCUGGAAAGUACUCAGAUGCUGGAGCAGCAGUUUGUACAUCAUGUCCUGCUGGGAAAAAAUGUCCAAGUGUUACAGGUGUUGGAAUUCAAGAUUGUGGUGCUGGGGAAUACUCUAUUGGAGAACAAACCCAGUGUACACCUUGUCCCAAGGGAUUUGCGUGUCCUUCGAAUUAUACUGACUAUAAAACCAAAUGCUCACCUGGCUUCUACUCAGUUGGGAAACAGGUUGAGUGCACUCCUUGUAAAGCAGGAUACUACUGCCCACGAAUAGACGCAAGAAUAGAAACAGCAUGUGACUUGGGAUUUUUCUCCACUGGAAACGCGUCGGCAUGUACUAUGUGUCCUCCUGGCUAUGCAUGUCCUUAUCAAGAUCGUGAUUACCGUGAACCAUGUCCAAAUGGCACUUAUUCAUUGGGUGCUCAGAUUAAAUGUAAAAUUUGUCUCCCGGGACAAUCCUGUAUGUCGACUACUGCUGGUCCUAAAAGGUGCUCUCCUGGGUACUACAGUGAAGUGAACUCUCGCGUCUGCUUACUUUGUAAAGCUGGAUUCCAGUGUGCUGACCCUUCAGCUCCUGCGCCGUGUCCAGCUGGAACGUACUCGAAUCGUGGAUGGUCAAGAUGCGUGUCUUGUAAAAAGGGCUUUUUAUGUCGUGAACAAUCGACUUCCAGUACUCCUGCUGAUGGUGUGUGUAAAACCGGAGGAUGGUGCGAUGGUCAAACUUUCCAUCCGUGUGGUCCAGGGACCUAUAACCCUACAACUGGUUCAGAGUCAUCAAAAGCUUGCAUAAGCUGUCCUCCUGGUUAUUACUGUCAAAACAGCGGACUGUCCAACUUUACUGCGUUUCCCUGUCCUGAAGGUUACUACUGCCCAGAGGCAACAAAGUAUUCACGUGAAUUCCCCUGUCCAGCUGGUACAUAUAAUCCAGACACCAAAGCAACAGCUCAAAGUCCCGCAUGUCGUCCUUGUAAUGCGACCACGUAUUGUGUUGCUGGAUCCAAAGAGCCUGUCAUAUGUCCACCAGGGUAUUACUGUCCAGAAUCUACAAGAGCAGGAAAUCAAUUUGCAUGUCAUGCCGGGACCUAUAGUGAUGUCACUGGUUUAAAGAAUUUUACAGAAUGUAAGGAUUGUCCACCUGGCAGCUAUUGUCCGGAAGGAACGUCUACGGAGCCAGCGAUACGUCCCAUACCCUGUCCUCAGGGGACAUAUAACCCAUACUGGAAAAUUGGUUUUGUCUUAAAUUGUAUUCCGUGCACUGCAGGAAUGUUUUGUCCAUCAGCUGGUCAAACCAAUGCAACUGAUAUUUGUUACGAAGGUUAUUACUGUCCGAAUGGCACAGUUGCUGGCCACCAAUUUCCAUGUCCUCCUGGGACAUAUGGCGAUCGCCCUGGACUGACAGCUGCCGAAGAAUGCUUGACUUGUCCAAUUAAAAAGUCAUGCGACUGGGGUACUGGCUUGAAUAACAGCAAUAAGUGGCAAGUUUGCCGUCAAGGACAUUAUUGUCCUGCAGGAACUCCAUCUCCUACGAAGUUCCCUUGCCCUCCUGGUACUUACACUAACAGCUCGGAUCUUUACGAUGCAUCACAGUGUACACCAUGCCCUGAAAGAUUCUACUGUCUGGGUGGAGAAGCCCAACCCAGUGGAAGAUGUCCACCAGGGUACUAUUGUCCAGAAAGCACUAGAGUAGCCGUGCAAUCGCCAUGUAACAAUGGUACUUACAAUCCUCACUAUAGUAAAGCUCGGCAGGAUGAAUGCUUGAAUUGUACUCAAGGCCACUUUUGUGAAAAAGGAAGCGUACAUCCUGAACAUUGCCCAAUAGGAACUUAUAUGCCUUAUGGAUAUAACACCACGGCUUCCACAACUUAUGGAAAGUCUGCAGGUUAUCAGGACGAUUGCUUGCCAUGUCUGGCAGGUCACUACUGUUUGAACGCCACAGUAACUCCCAGUCCAUGUGGCAAAGGAGUUUUCACCAAGCCAGGGCAAUCAGUAUGUAAAACCUGCCUGCCAGGUCGAUACUGCGACAGUGAAACGACGACGGAAACGCAGAUGAAUACAACUAUGCAGUGUCCGGAAGGAAAGUACUGUAAGGGAGGGCUCAAGAAUGUCAGCGAAGCCACACCCUGUAGUACGGCUCACUACUGUCCACAAGGAACUGAAGUGGAAAUACCUUGUCCCGUUGGUACAUAUAACCCACAUGAAGGAAAAGGCACAGUUCUUGAUUGCAUCAUGUGUACAGCUGGAAAAUACUGUCGGGAAAAAUCCAUAAAUCCUACAGGAGUGUGUGACCCAGGUUUUUAUUGCCCGACAAAUAUUACCAAUGAGGUUUCAAGUCUUCGUAUUGGAUCUUACGGCCCUCGGCAAAUUCCUUGUCCUAAAGGAACUUAUAGAACACAGUCUGGUGGGCGUAACGUCUCUGAUUGCUCUUCAUGUACCGUUGGAAAUUACUGCCCCGAGGGAACAGUAAACCCAAAAGUUUGUCCCCUUGGUUUUUAUUGUCCUCCCGCUUCAGGAGAUCCACAGCCAUGUCCAGUUGGGACUUUCAAUAAUCGCAGUGGCAUUCAUUAUAUCGAAAACUGUACUGCUUGUACUCCUGGAUGGUACUGUGAUGCACAAGGCCUACCCAUUCCCCGUGCCCAGUGUGACCCUGGCUAUGUCUGCUACAAGGGCGCAUAUAUUGGUACUCCCACUGACGGCGUAACUGGUCGACCAUGUCCCGAAGGAACUUUCUGCGUGACUGGUUCCUACGAGUAUCAGUCAUGCAAUCCAGGGACCUAUAGUAAAAGCGCCGGUGCAACAAACAACCAGGAUUGCCAAGUUUGUGACCCUGGGUAUUACUGUUCAAAGAAAGAGCUUACUAAACCGGAAGGCCCAUGUAACCGUGGGUAUUACUGCCCUGCAGGAUCGCGUAGUCCAAAUGAAACUCUUACACCAAAAGGUUAUUUCACUCCAGAUGGAGCAUCAGACAAACAGCCCUGUUUGCCUGGAACAUACCAACCACACGAAGGCAAAAGUAACUGCCUGCCUUGCCCGGAAGGCUACUUUUGUCCAACUAAGAACAUGAGCGAAGCAAUGGUAUGCCCAGCUGGUUUCUACUGUCCAAUUGGAAGCGAGAAAGCUAAUGCAUGUCCAGAAGGGACAUACAGCAAUUACACUAGAGAAUCUUCCAACUCCAGCUGUAAGAGUUGUCCGCCAGGAAAAUAUUGUAAUCCAACAGCCCAGACCUACCCAACAGCGGAUUGCGACGCUGGGCAUAUUUGUUUUGGAGGUGCCACCAGAGGUAACCCAACCUUCGAGAAGGGUGUGUUAGAAUGGGGAAGAGUCUGUAAAGCAGGUCACUAUUGUCCUAAAGGAACUACUUACGAGCGGCCGUGUCCAGCAGGAACUAAAAAUCCCUUCGCUGGACGAACAGAUGAACUCAAUGGCUGUGAUCUAUGUGACGAAGGAUGGUAUUGUAAUGCUACUGGUCAGACAGAAAGGACAGGUAGAUGUGAAGCGGGAUACUACUGCGCCCGAGGUGCGACCACUCCUACACCUAACAAUGGAUCAACAGGAGGUCCAUGUCCUAAAGGGCAUUAUUGUCCUGAUGGUCGGCAAGUUAAACCUUGUGAACCAGGAUAUUUCGCCAAUUUUACGGGACUAUCCAGCUGCUUAAUUUGUCCAGCGAGUUUUGAGUGCGUAGGUGGGACUAUUGAUCCAGCUCCUUGUCCUCAGGGUUAUUAUUGUCUUAUUGGCAAUGACGCAACAGCUAAAGGAAUAAAGCAAGCCUGCCCUGAGGGAACAUUCGGCUCAAGAACCGGAUUAUCACUUGAAACACAGUGUGAGGAUUGCCCAGGAGGAAAAUACUGUCAAGGAACUGCAAACAAGAACUACACGGGCAUUUGCGAUGCAGGUUAUUUCUGUCGGCGAAGAGCAACAAGAUUGGGUCCUAGCGAUGACACUGUACACACUCCUAAAUGGUUUGGACGUUGUCCUAUUGGGGGAUGGUAUUGUGAAGCCGAUACAAUUGAUCCGCAGCCCUGUCAACCUGGCAGUUAUGCCCCAAAUGGUCAAAUGAUGAUCAUUUCUGCUAGUAAAUGUACCAAAUGUAAGGCAGGCAGUUUUUGUGCUUCUGGAAAUCAAAGUGAUGUAACGGGGCCCUGUGACGAUGGGUUCUACUGCCUUGAGGGAUCGUAUACCAGCCGUCCAAGUUCUCCGUAUGGAGGAAGAUGUCCCGCGGGCUACAARUGUCCUUCUGGAUCUCCAUGGCCGCAGGCCUGCCCUAAAGGCUCCUAUCAAAAUGAUACGGGACAAAAGGAUUGUCUUGAAUGUCCGGCUGGAUACUACUGUUCUGGUAAUACCACAAGUCCUGAGAUUUGCCCUGCAGGAUAUUAUUGUCCAAAAAAUAGUUAUGCGGGGACUACCUUCGCAUGUCAACCUGGGACGUUCAACAAUUUAACUGGGAGGAGUCAGAAGUCUGAUUGCAUACCAUGUACACCAGGAUUCUUCUGUGAUAUACAAGGUCUUGCUGAUGUUGCUGGCCCCUGUGAUCCCGGAUAUUACUGUAGAAACGCCUCCAUUGCAUCAAGACCGGCUCGCUUAAGCGAUGGUGGAGGUCUUUGUCAACCAGGUACAUUCUGCCCAAGACAGAGCCCAGUUCCACAAACAUGUACACCUGGUUUUUACUGUGGUACAACAGGAUUACCUGCUCCGUCUGGUAACUGCUCAGCAGGAUACUAUUGCAUUGGAAGUGCUACAUCCCCUUCUCCAACCGACGGAAAAACUGGAAAUGAAUGUCCCAAAGGAUCCUACUGUCCUAAAGGAAGCAGGACUUUUACCAAGUGCCAUCCAGGAACCUUCGCAAAUACUACUCAGAACAAAGCUUUAAAUGACUGCGCAGAUUGUACCAAGGGCUGGUACUGUGAAGGAUGGGGAAAGCAUGAGCCCACUGCCGAGUGUUUCGCUGGGUUUUAUUGCCCUCCAAAACAGAGUGAAGGAAAUCCGGCAAACUUUACUUGCCCUCUUGGUCAUUACUGCCCCAAGGGUUCUCCGGAUCCCUUACGCUGCAAGUCAGGUUAUUAUCAAGAUGAGAAAGGACGUCCAACUUGUAAGGUUUGUCCUUCAGGCUACUAUUGCGACAAUCGUAUGGCGCCUGUGGUCCUAUACCAGAACAGCACAUGUCCUGCUGGCUACUACUGCCCCAAUGGUACACGUUUUGGAUUCGAAUUUCCUUGCCCCUUGGGUACUUUUAGUAAUACGAAGGGUAUUUCACUGGUUAAUGAAUGUAGCCCGUGUCCAGGAGGUUAUUACUGCGAUGAACAAGGACAAACAACCUACACUAAGAAAUGCGCUCCAGGAUAUUAUUGUCGUAGUGGAGCAACUGUCUCAACACCUGAAAGUCUGUCAACAAAUGCAACGUUUUGUCCACCUGGAACGUUUAACUACACAGAUGCCGGACCAUGCCCUGCAGGAUUUUACUGUGAAAAAGGCACUGCUGAACCAAAGAAAUGCCCUCCAGGAACAUUCAGUAACCUCACGAAGAGGGCCACAGUUUACCAAUGUAGAAACUGUACAGCUGGGAUGUACUGUGGCGAGUACAACAUGACCACCACUUCGGGCCCUUGUCAGGAGGGCUACUAUUGCCCGAGUGCUGCAUCUAGAUCAGAUUGGAUUGAAUGUCCCCCAGGAGCGUAUUGUGUUUCAGGCAGUGAUAAACCAGAGUUAUGUCCUAAUGGAACCUUCCGUAAUAUCUCUUUGGGUAAAGCACCUAGUGAUUGCUUCAACUGCACUCCUGGCUCGUACUGUGAUGGACUAGGUCUGACGACUGUAACUGGGCCUUGUGCUCCAAGAUAUUAUUGCCCUGGUGGUAUGAAGCGAAAAGAUCCACCUGAAUUCGCGUGCCGAGUUGGACACUUCUGCCCAGGAGCUACUUCCGAACCAAUUCCUUGUCAAAACAACAGUUUUACCAAGACAACUCAUUCAAAGGAAUGUGAGCUUUGCCCUGAAGGGUUUUAUUGUAAAGUAGCUGGUAUCCCGAUCAUCUGCUCACAAGGCUACUAUUGUCCUUAUGGAACGGGCCUAGAUCUUAAAUCUUGCCCGCGGGGAACCUACGGCAAUCAGACAGGAUUUUAUAACGUAACACAAUGUAAACCAUGUGAUCCAGGGAUGUAUUGUGCCUAUGAACAUGCAAGUAAUUCUACUGGUAAUUGUUCGGCCGGACAUUGGUGUGAAUAUGGCGUUGAUCGGCCAAACCCAACAGGAAACAAUGCUUCUGGUUGUUUAACAAACUUGAAUGGCUCGUGUCCAUAUUUUGAUGGAAAAGAAACAGGAAAAGGAGGAAUAUGCCCGAUCGGAAAAUAUUGUCCUGAAGGAACCUUUCAGCCAAAGGAUUGUCCACCUGGAACAUAUGGUCCAGUCACUAAGCUUUCUGCUUGUUGGCCGUGUAUGCAAGGUUUCUAUUGCCCUGGUUCGAAUUCUGAGUACUCGAGUCGUCCGUGUCCUUCUGGAUACUACUGUCCAAAUGGCACCAAAACGCAAUACGAGAAUCCAUGUCCAAUAGGAACCUUCAAUAACAAUACAAGAGGGAGAAGUCUGUCUGAUUGUAUACCCUGUACGGCUGGCAUGUACUGCCCUAGUGAAGGAUUAAGCCAUGAAUAUGGUAACUGUGAAGCUGGUUAUUUCUGCCGUCGAAAUGCUACAUCUAUGACUCCAAAUCAAGGUGACGAUGCGAAUAUUUGUCCUGUUGGUCACUAUUGUCCAGAGCAAACUGGUGAACCUGUAGACUGUCCUAAGGGCACUUUUGGAAAUGAUACGGGAUACAAAUUAGUUGAUGAUUGCUGGAACUGCACUGCUGGUUAUUAUUGCUCAAUUCCAGGGCGUGACUCGCCCGUCGGACUUUGCGCUCCAGGAUAUUACUGUCCUCCAAGAUCGUCAAGUAGUAUGGAAAUUGCUUGUCCUCCUGGUACGUACUGCAAAGGUGGAAAUAAGGAACCAUCCCUUUGCAAAGUAGGCACCUUCCAGCCUAACAGUAGCAGGACCUCGGAAUCUGAUUGCAUUCAUUGCACUGAAGGGUACUACUGCGAUUCCCAAGGCCUUUCAAAUGUAACCGGACCUUGUAAAGAGGGUUGGUACUGUCCAACCGGCUCUAAAGUGUCGACAGCCAAAGAAUGUCCUAUUGGUUUCCACUGUCCCGAGGGUAGUAGCCUGCCCAAGCCUUGUCCCGCUGGUUUUUAUACUAAUUCGACAGGAGCUGCCACUUGCACUCAAUGCCCGAGGGGUUUCUUUUGCGUUCCAUUGGACCUUAGUCGCAACGAGUCUAGAGGUUACUUCUUAUGCCCGAUGGGAUUCUAUUGUCCCGUGGGUACUGGAAUGGACUGGAAACCGUGUCCUGCUGGAACCUACAGCAAUAGAACAAGUCUUUAUGAUGUCAGUCAGUGCGUUGAUUGUGAUCCAGGACGUUACUGUGGUGGACCAAAUCUAACAAGUUAUACGGACUUAUGUGACGAAGGCUACUACUGCACUUCAGGGAUUGCCUUACCAAAGCCGUACAUUGAUGGGUAUAACACGACUAAUGUUACAUGCCCUCUUAGCAAGUACCUGGGACAGUAUACGGGUAUUGGUGGUAUUUGCCCACCCGGAACGUUCUGUGAGCGUGGUUCAGUUGUUCCUGAAAAGUGUAAGCCUGGAACCUAUAAUGAUGUUAGUGGCAAGAGCAAAUGCAUGUCUUGUCCAUCCGGAUAUUACUGUUUGACUGAAACCAUAGAUUACAAGUUAACGGUUUGCCCAAGUGGAUAUUACUGCCCAAACGGCACAAAAUAUGCAAAUCAGCAUCCCUGCCCCCCAGGAACAUUCAACAAUCUCACUAGACAACAAAGUGAGUCAUCUUGCGAAAAGUGCCCACCCGGUAUGUACUGCGAGGGACAUGGAAACUCAUGGCCAACUGGAUUUUGUAGUGCAGGUUGGUACUGCAAUGGAAGUGCUACUAGUAACAAGACAACCGUUCAUGGAGGCAUGUGUCAACCAGGAUAUUACUGUGCUGAAGGAUCAACUCACCCAAAAGAAUGUGAUGGAGGCAAAUUUUGUGCUGUUUCCGAACUGGAGAGGCCAUCUGGUAAUUGCUCGGCUGGAUACUACUGCCGCAGGAAAUCACGCUUUUCAAGUCCAACAGAUGGAAUAACCGGAAAUGUAUGCCCGAAAGGCUAUUUCUGCCUUGAAGGUACCCGAGAUCCAACUCCAUGCCCUCCAGGGAAAUACAAUGAUGCCUUUCAAGCAACUAAUUCAAUUGCGUGCAAGCCUUGUACAAGGGGGAUGUAUUGUAAUGGUACUGCGCUUGAAGAGCCAAGGGGUAACUGUGCUGCUGGAUGGUACUGUCCUCCUGGCCAGGUGUCAAAGACUCCAGCUUCCUAUCCGUGUCCACCUGGUUCCUUCUGCAAAGAGGGUGUAGAUCGUCCUGAAAAAUGUCCUUCGGGAUCCUACCAAAACGAAGCAAUGAAAGACUUUUGUAAAAUAUGCCCUGAAAAAUAUUACUGCAAUGCUACCUUUGGUGGAGUUGUAAAUUACGCCUUGUAUUUAUGCCCUCCUGGGUAUUAUUGUCCAAACGAUACUCGAUUUGCAGAAGAAUACCCUUGCGAUUAUGGUACUUUUAGCAAAGGAAAUGGUCUUGCUAGACAAGAACAGUGUACUCCUUGUCUUGGUGGUUAUUACUGUGGCGAGAAAGGACUUACAACUCCUGUCACUCCAUGCAGCCCCGGUUUUUACUGCAAGCAAGGGGCUAAGACAGCAACUCCCAGGCAAGGAAGUGAUGCAAAUAUAUGCUGGCAAGGCCACUUCUGCGGAGAAAAGACAAUAACGCCAGAGCCAUGCCCUGCGGGUACAUUCUCAAACAGGACUGGAUUGCAUAAUUCUUCACAAUGCACUGACUGCACUGGUGGUUCAUACUGCGAAGAUCCUGGGAAAACAAAUGUAACUGGCCCAUGUCAACAGGGACAUUUCUGUGUAACUGGAUCGAAAAGCAAAACUGCUGCUGCUUGCCCAGCUGGGAAAUAUUGUCCUACAGGAACUGAAAUACCAAAAGAUUGUCCAAUGGGCACGUUUUCAAAUACGACUGGCCUUUGGAGCAAAGACCAGUGUACGAACUGCACAGCUGGGCGGUAUUGUGGUGCUAACGGUCUAACGUCUACGAGUGGUCCUUGUAAGGAAGGAUACUAUUGCCCAGAGGGCUCAUCGUCUGAAAAUGCAGUGCCUUGCGUCAUCGGGCUCCAUUGUCCUGAAGGAAGCAAAAGUCCAAGAGAUUGUCCAGCUGGCUAUUUCACCAACACCACUACUUCAGCUACAUGCCAAAUAUGCCCUGAAGGUUUCUAUUGCAUUCCUGAAAACGUAACAGCAGGAGAUCCCAAAUCCGGCUAUCACCAGUGUCCUGCUGGUUACUAUUGUCCAAAUGGUACGGGCCUUGAUUGGCAACCAUGCCCGCGUGGAACUUAUAGCAACACGAAGCAGCUUCAUAAAGCAUCUCAGUGUAAAGACUGCGAUGCAGGAAAGUACUGUGGGGAACUUCAUGCUACUUCUACGACUGCAGAUUGUUUCGGUGGCUACUACUGCGUACGUAGAGUUGAUAGACCAGAUCCUAUUUCAACCGUGGAAGGUUCUUCCUUGUGUGGCAACUGCUCUUCAGCAAUUGGAGAUGUCUGCCCACCCGGUUUCUACUGUCCUCAAGGUUCGCCUUAUCCAAAAGGAUGUCCUGCUGGUAGCUAUCAAGACAAGCAAGGCAUGACGUCAUGUAAACCCUGUCCUGAUGGAUACUAUUGUCCGAGCAAUUCGUCGUCAUUCUUAGGCUUCGUUUGUCCGGCCGGUAGCUAUUGUCUUGUAAAUACCACUCACGACAAACAGUAUUUGUGUCCUCCUGGAACAUUCAAUCCAUUACCUGGCCAGAAAACGUCGGCUUCUUGUAUUCUGUGUACCGGAGGAAAAUACUGUGCACAAUCUGGACUUGACAAACCAACCGGGGAGUGUGCUGGGGGCUGGUUCUGUGUGAAUGGAUCCUCUACGUCGAUGCCUACUGACGGACAAUGUCAACCUGGUUACUACUGCCCUAAUGGAACUGCAUUACCAGUACUUUGUGAUCGAGGAAAGUAUUGCCCGCGGUCUGGUCUUAUUGAACCUUUUUACGACUGUGAGGGAGGCCAUUAUUGCAAUUUGGGUGCCAAUAAUCCAAAACCAAACGACGGCAUAACCGGCAAUAUAUGCCCUAAAGGCGCAUAUUGCCCAAGAGGAGUGCCGAAUGGUCCACAGCUUUGUCCUUUAGGAAAGUUUGCUAACGUCACAGGAAACAGAAACCUCACCGAUUGCCAGCCAUGUACGCCAGGCUGGUAUUGUGGUAAAAAUGGUCUUCCAGUACCCUCUGGAGAGUGCUUGGAAGGAUACUACUGCGAUGGUGGAGCAACAAACAAAACCCAAAAUCCUUGCCCAGCCGGAAACAUAUGUCCAACUGGAAGUCCAGCACCUUCGCCAUGUGGAGCAGGUUUCUACCAAAACGAGACCCGUCAAUUCACGUGUAAAACCUGUCCCGCUGGAUUUUAUUGCAACGAUACUUAUGGACCUGUGGUAAACUAUGCCCUCUUUGAGUGUAUUCCUGGACAUUACUGUUCUAAGGGAACGCGGUAUGUUUCAGAGUUCAAGUGUCCACCAGGGACAUUCAAUAACCGCAGUGGAUCUACUAACGUAAACGACUGCUUGCAGUGUACAGGCGGGUAUGUCUGUGAUGAAUGGGGUCUUGUUAGGCCAAAUAGGCUUUGUAGUCCAGGAUAUUUCUGUCGAGAAGGUGCAAAUACAACAACGCCCGACUUAGGUGUUAAAGCUAAUAUAUGUCCAGCUGGCUAUUAUUGCCUUGAGGGUAUUGCUGAGCCUAUGCCAUGUCCAGUUGGAACCUAUAGUCCGGUGACUAAACUUCAAAGAGAAGCAGACUGUUUGAAUUGUACAGGCGGCGAAUUUUGUAAUGAAACUGCCAUGACAACCACUGCAGGAAAAUGUAGUGCUGGCUACUACUGUCCUCCACGGUCCAUUAGUCAAAAAGAAAUUGUAUGCCCUGAAGGGAGAUAUUGCAUCACUGGAACAGAACAUCCUGAACCUUGUCCCUCGGGAACGUUCUCGAAUACCACUCAACUAACUAAUAGUUCCGAGUGCAUUCCUUGUUCAAAAGGCUGGUACUGCGAUGACCCAGGUCUUGUGAAGCCAAAGGGUCUUUGCUAUAAAGGAUAUUAUUGUCCAACUGGUCAAAUAAGUAGCCGACCCAUCAUUUGUCCAGUUGGAAGGUUUUGUCCCACAGGAGCCUCAGAACCUUAUCAAUGCUUACCGGGCACUGUUGCUCCUAACCAAGGUAUGGACUCUUGCGUUGUCUGUCCAAUGAGCAAGUAUUGUCCAGGAGCACCUGUCAACAGAGUGUCGCUUGCCUUUGGUGCUGAUAUACCUUUAGAGCUGAUUAUGAUAGACUGUCCAGAAGGGUUUUACUGUCCAAAUGGAACUGGACUUGAUUGGAAGGGUUGUCCACCUGGGACCUAUAACAACAAAACAGGCUUAGGGAGAGAAGAAGAUUGUAUCCCUUGUGAUGGCGGUAAAGUCUGUCGCGGAAGUAAUUUAACAAGUCCGAAUGGAAUUUGUGAAAAAGGCUACUACUGUGUGUCUGGAGCUUCCUCUCCUAAUCCAUACAUGACGAACCUAACUCACUGUCCUGCACACUUCGCUCAUGUAACUGUUGGAGGCAUUUGUCCACGUGGUCAUUUUUGUAAAUCUGGAUCAUCAUUUUAUGAAGGCUGUCCACCUGGAACGUACAAUGAUCAAGAGGGACGAUCCACAUGUUUUGAUUGUCCAGCAGGCUAUUAUUGUUACGCCAAUUCAACUGAAUAUUCGUCUAAUAUCUGCCCCAAGGGACAUUACUGUCAAUUGAAGACACCUGAUCCAUACCAUUCCCCUUGUCCUCCUGGUUCUUAUAACCCUAAAACUGGAUCCAAUAGCUCCAAAGACUGUUUACMUUGCGAUAAGGGCAAGUAUUGUGCUGGCGAAGGAAACGAAAAGCCUUCGAACUCGUGCGCCCCUGGCUGGUAUUGUCCUGGAGGAAGUGACACACCACACGGUUAUCCCUGUAAAGAAGGAUACUUUUGCCCUGAGGGAUCUUACAACAUGACUCCUUGUACCCAAGGGAAAUACUGCGACCGACCACGACUUUCAAAACCUGUCGAUGAUUGUGACCCAGGCUAUUAUUGUCCAUUGAAGUCCACAUCCCGCAAACAAAAGAAAUGUGAACCUGGAAAUUACUGCCCAAAGAGCAGUCCGAUUCCAACACCUUGUAAACCUGGUACUUAUGUUACUGGAUAUGGUCAUGUUAACGAGUCUGAAUGCUUGCCUUGCGAAGCUGGAAAGUUCUGUAAUGUUAGUGGGCUUCAUGAGCCUCAAGGAGAAUGCGACCCAGGGUACUUUUGUCCACCUGGUCAAAGUAUAUCAAAUCCAUCUGCAUAUCCUUGUCCAGCUGGUCAUUUCUGUAAACAAGGGUCGCCAAACGCUACUAGAUGUCCUAAUGGCACUUACCAGAUAGCGGAAUACAAAUCAGACUGUGACUUGUGUCCUCAAGGUUAUUACUGUGAUAGCACUGAAUUACCAKUGACCUUUCGCGGGCUGGAAUGCCCAGCUGGUCAUUACUGUCCACAAGGCACAAAGUUUGCAACUCAAUACAAGUGUCCUGAAGGAACCUGGAGCAAUCGGACUAAGCUUGUUGAUCCAAGCGAGUGCUUUGGCUGCCCACCUAGGUACUACUGCCAGAAAAAGGGCCUCCCUGAACCAGAAGGAUUGUGCUUCGCAGGGUAUUAUUGCAUUGGUAAUGCUUCAAGACCCAAUCCGCCAGAAACGCAAUGUCCAAAGGGUCAUUACUGUCCAGAGGGAAGCUAUAAGCCAAUGAGGUGUCCUGCCGGAUCAUUUUCCAAUGCUAUGGGAAACCGAAAUAUAAGUGAUUGCCGACCAUGUAGCCCUGGAAGAUACUGCUCUCCUAAUGAAACUACGAUUACAGAAAAGCCCUGUGCUCCUGGCUACCUUUGUAUACUAGGUUCUUCGACACCAAAACCUACUGAUGGUGUCAUGGGCAAGCCCUGUCCACGAGGACAUUUCUGUAGAGAGGGAACUAUUAGUGCGGAGCCUUGUAAGCCAGGAUCUUUUGCUCGUGAAUUCGCAAUGUCCAGCUGUUUACCAUGUCUAAGGGGUUUUACUUGUCCAAAUACAACUACAGUUGAACCGAUUCCUUGUUCUAAGGGGCACUACUGCCCCGAAGGUACGUACCUAACAAAAGGUGAACCAUGUCCUAUUGGUACCUAUUUCCCAGAGAUUGGUGGUAAAUUUAAGAACGAGUGCCGUGCUUGUCUACCUGGAAAAUACUGCGACACUCCUGGACAAUCUAGUCCUUCUGGUCCAUGUUUAGCUGGCUAUUUGUGCAGAGGUGGUGCAAAGUUUAAAGCACCUAAUGAUACAAGCAGUGAUCCGUACAAUGAACCUUGCCCUGUCGGGAUGUACUGCGAAGAGGGUACAAGCAAUGGAACCAAAUGCCCGAUAGGAACAUUGCGACCAUUCACCGGUGGAAAAAAUAAAAGUGAUUGUUUACCUUGUGAUGGAGGGCACUAUUGUGACGAGCCAGGAUUAUCUGUAGCUAAAGGAAUAUGCUCACAAGGAUAUUAUUGCCCACCUGAAGCAAAAAUAAAAUCUCCUACACCAUCUGGUUAUCUUUGCCCUAGAGGGUAUUUUUGCAAAAAUGGAACCGUACAUCCCCGUGGCUGUGAACAAGGCAAAUACCAACCAAAUGAACUUGAAUAUACAUGCCUGCCUUGUCCUGCAGGCAAAUAUUGCCCAGCAAAUACAUCAACUCCUGAGCCUUGUCCUCCACACCAUUAUUGCAGAGCGGGCAGCAUUAUCCCUGAAUUCUGCCCUAACGGAACCUACACUCGAGGUGAUGAGACCGGUCUCACUGAGCCCAAACAAUGUAGACCAUGCAUAAAUGGCUCAUACUGCCAGAUGGGUGCCAUUAAAGGUCCAUGUGCAGCAGGUUAUUUAUGCUACAUCGGUAAUCCUACGCCUAACCCAGAUGGAUCAAACGAAAAUAUUGGCAGAUUGUGUCCACUUGGUCAUUAUUGUCUAGAAGGUGCCCUCGAACCAAAGAAGUGCAAGGACGGACUCGUGAUUACGAUAGAAGGAGCCAAAUCGGAGGCAGAUUGCCAGAGAUGCUCAGCAGGCUUUAUUUGUACACCUGGUAACUCAAUACCUACGCCUUGUCCUGCUGGAUACUAUUGUCCCGUCAAUGAAACAAAGCAGCCAUGUCCUAUCAAGACAUAUUCGUUGUCUGUUAAAGCUGUUGAUAUACGAACCUGUCUUCCUUGCCCUGCUGGAUAUUGGUGCAACGUUGAAGCUACUGCGAACUACACCACCAGGCCUUGUCCUGUUGGACACUAUUGUGAAAAUGCCACCACUGUCCCUACACCUUGUCCACCAGGUACAUACAGAGAUAGUCAGGGUGCUGCAAACGAAAGCGAUUGUCAUCCUUGCCCGGCUGGUUUCUACUGUCCCGAAACAAACGGAAGUAUCUGGGGAGAAGCUUGUUCAGAAGGAUCGUUUUGUCCACCUGGUAGUUCAGCACCUAGAGAAUGCUUAGCUGGGUACUACUGCAAUCGCUCCAUGUCCCAGGUGCCUUGCCCUCCUGGGUAUUAUUGUCCUCGUAACUCGUCUCAACCUGUAAGAUGUCCUGUUGGUCACUACUGUGAUCCAAAGCUUAAUUGUUAUAACGAUUCUAACAACGAAGCUGGAGCAUGCACUCCAAAACUUUGUAAUCCAGGAUAUGAAGAAAUUAAAGGAAGUAAACGGGACAGCUUUGCAAGUACUUGCCAGAUAUGUAAGACUGGUUACUAUAACGACGAGGCCAACAAAGGAAUCUGUAAAAAAUGUCGUGGGGGAGUAAUCUGCCUAGAAGGUGCAAUUACAGAUAAUCCAUCUGAGAACGGCACAGGCUGGGGAGUUGAAAUCACAAAGAGCUACUUGUGUCCCCGUGGUUACUAUUGUGAAUCAGGUGACAAAACUCCGAGACCUUGUAGAAACGGCACAUACAACGACCAUCUUAAUGCGUCAAGUCCACUGCAUUGCCAGUUGUGUGCUCUUAAUCAUUUUAACCAUCUACAAGCACAAAAUGCGUGCUUCCCUUGUGGGUCGAGUGCAAGUGCGAAGCAUCUUGGCAGUGAUACCUGUGAAUGUAAUGGCCAACAUAGAGUGUUUAUGCCUUCAGACAGGAGAUGCUUUUGCAAAGAAGGAUAUCGCACAAUGGAAGGACGAGAACAGGACUGCGUAUCCAAGUUAUAUCCACUUUGUCCUGAAGGCUAUUACAGGGAUCAGUUGGGUGAAUGUAAAAGCGUAGCUGCUUGGAAUGAAUAUUGUGAGACAAAAGAGUGUCUUAGGGGCAGCGUUGGAUUUGACAAGGAACUUGGUCUAUGCAAAUGCAAAGUAGAUGACCUAGAGGAUGUUUGUGAUCGAGAAUGCAGAAACAAUCAACGAAACAGGCUGACAAUUCUCUGUAAGGACCCACCCUUCAUCUUCGUGAGACGGCCAGAUAAUGUCAUAAUUGGCACAUUUAACGUGUCCAGUCUAUCUCGUGUACCAAACUUUGAAGAAACAUUCAGUGCUGAUAGAUGUCCAACUAUCGAUGGAAAAGAGUACCCCAUAAACCUGGCCGAUGUCAACGAUGAUGGCUUCACUGGAGUAUACGAUGCCGAUGCCACAGCUCUGGUGGAUCUCCUUUCAAACAACACUAAGGAAAGUACCAACAUAUCAAGCCCAGAAACAUUGAUGACGACUCCUUCAGCUAGACGUAGACGCAGUCUGCUAGCUUUACCACAAGCAACCACAUUCAAGGGCAUUGCUAGCCCAACGACUUGCUUAGCCCAUGGCUCAACCAUGAUAUGGAUUGUAAACAAUGACAACUAUCCAGUAUAUGACGCAGACAACUUGUACAAUACCAAUCCUUACUUUGACUAUGGUGCAUUCAGGGAACUACAAGAACGACAUUCACAGAAAGCAACACAAUAUACCAUGUUUGCAUUCAAGUUUGAAACCCCAGGUGUUUACGUGUUCAAAUCUAGCAACAAGAAUGAACGCAAAAUGUAUAUUAGAGUCAUGGCAAUGGGAGCUCAGUGUGCUGAAGAUGGUCCCUUCUUCUCCACCACGCCCCGCGCGGUCAUCCAGAACGGAAUGGCUAUAUCACGUGAUAUAUUAAUCAUGCCUGACUGGGCUUUGAUUGGUGCCAUGUUGGGAAGCUUCUUCUUGUUAAUGGUUAUACUUGUUCUUGGUCUGCUUGUCUUCCGCAAACACGGCUGGACGAAAGUCACAUUCAAGUUCCCUCGCUACCGUGUUCUUGCCCAGCGAUAUAACUUUGAUGAUUACUCAUCUAAAGGCUCCACAGUACAUCCAGCGAAGAAAUACCAUUACAAGACUGCUGCUGUUGAAGCAAUCGGUGAUGUCCCACAACCUCCUACUGAACCAAACGCAGGCGCCCUUGAAGUGAAAAGUGAUGAGUUCUGGGAUUACGACCAACAAGUGGAUAUGGAAGGAUUCUCGUCUGGUGAAUUCUAUAAUAUAUUAGCCAAGCAGUCUCGUGACGUAACCGCCGCCAUAUCUCGCCAGAAAGACCAGGCCAAACAAUUGUACCAAAAGGUGAAUCAACAGACAGAGUCACUUAAGGGACUCUGGAUCGCAAAGCUGAAUCUUCGUGGACGUGCUGCCAUGGCGACGCCUGAAGAUCUUCGAGCAUACGAAGAAAAGAAAAAUGAGCUUGAAGAUGAGCUUGAGCGUCGUAAAGACCUUGGCUUUAAGUUCCAACAGAUCCAACGUAAACAAAAAUCUAUUUGGCACGAUGAUGAAACAGCGAGGGAGGCUCACCGUGUCGUGUUCCAAGCAACUCUGAGAGAAGCCAACAGAAUACUCAAGGCUUAUUCAGAAAACCCAUCGAGAAAGAAUGGAGAAACGAUGGAUGAGUUUAAUGAUCAGCUCGAACACAAGAUUGGUAGCAGGGUUGAUAGUCUUCUUCAAAGACUAGAGGUAGAAGUCACCAGUGAGUGCCAGCGGCGAGGAGCAUGGGCUUUACUCGGCGAGUUCACUGGAGCCCGGCUAUGUACAUUAGAAGGGGAAAUACUUGGUCACGAGAAAUUGUUCAAUGCCGAUGGAAGUGUUAGUGCUACAGAUAUGAUCACGAUGGAUAACAUAACAGGGUUGUUGAUUCCAAACCCCGAGUCGGCCAACAUGUUGCUGUCAGACAACGUGACCAACGUGCCGGUUCCGCCAUAUUUCUUCUUGAAUCCACAAUCUGCACACGUUAUGCCAAUUGAAGGGAAUGUUUCGUAUGAUCCUCUGUCUUCUCGAUUGGUUAUUACAAGCGAUUCUAUGAAUGCAGACACAGCUAGUUCAACUGAAGUUCUUAUCCCGUACAUCCCUUACCCAAUUAAUCCUGAAACCGGCAUUCCUGUAAAGACGUCUUUGAUAUCAGUUGAAAAACGAGGUGAUAUGAGGCUGAAUGGUAAAACGAUCUGCAGCAAGACUGGGCUACCUGCACCUAUACUUGGCAUGACAAUUCACCCAGAAACAAGCACUGCGUACCCCGUUGGUGGAUGUCAUCCUGAUCCAGUUACUGGCCUACCCGUUGCCAUAGAGAUAGGAGGCAUGAUGCUAGAUCCUAACACAGGUCUGCCAGUCCCCAUCACAAACGUAACCAUCGAUCCUUGCACAGGAGAGGUGAUUCCUCUUGGAGGUACCUCUGGAGAUAAUGAUCGUGGAGAUGAAAUCCCCAUACUUCUUGGAGAUAGCUUUACGGAACCGCUGUCUUCCAGACCACUCAAGGUCACAAGCUCGCGAUUAAUAGGCGAUGGUGAAGAACUCGAGCUCGAGCCUAUUGGAGGUGGAUACGAGCUUGUUCUGGACGUAGGAGAGCUUUACCACGAAUUCCGUGUGCUUGAUACACUUCGAGCACUAAAGGAUGCUAUUACAGGACCGCAAUCAAGCAGUGGACGUCAUGAGACCAGCCUUCUUGAGUCAGCCAUUAAAGAUUUGUUGAGAUUACGUGGUAAAGCACUGACGCAUAGAUUACGUUUCUUGCACGAUAUCAUGCGAAGGGAAGAAAGAGCAACUCUACUUCUCGAGAACGGUGGCAGCCCAGGAAUGUACGAGUUCUCGGCGACAGGACAGCUACUACCGAUCUUAGUAGGGACCACUUGUAAGGAUCCCUCAGGGACAGAACUAGACGUUCCUAUAUUAGGCAUAGAAAAAGACCGAGAGACAGACACCAUCAUUCCACUUGGUGGCUCAAUGGAAGAUCCUACUGGUGACGGUUUGGUUCCGAUAAUGAUUGGGGAGAAGGCUGUAGAUCCUGUAACUGACGAAAUGUCAACCAUCAGUGGUGUGAGACUAAACAAGGAGUUUGGUGUUGUGGAACCAGUGACAUUGUCGUCGAGCUCACAGAAAAAGAGAAAACCAUCCCCUGGAGCGGUUGCUUUGUUAGAAGAUGAAUUAGCUGGUCGUCGUAGUUUCUGGCGUCGGCAACUCCACCGUGAGGACGAGCAGUCCGUUAUUGAAUCAAGUUUACAUCAAGACUUAUUGAAUGAAGAAUAUCUUACUGCUGCCAAAGUGAAAGAGAGAUUGGAAUCUAUUCGCGAGGAAACAUCUGCCCUAUCUGACGCCGCUCACCGAGAGGUUCAACGUCGUAGCGAUGCCUCCAUCGACCAUGCAGCAGCUCUUCCGGCUGACGUGGUUGCUGUGUUGACGUUAUUCGAUGAAGAUGAACGCAAAUAUGAAGAAGAUCACUGCACAGCUCACAAGAAAUUCAUCGAGGCCAUUACGAGGUUCUUUGAAAAGAUUCAGGCUGAAGAAUACAAAUAUAACUCGCGAAUGGAAGAACUUGAGGGUGCUCUGAAUCCAGAGGCUGAGGCGGCCGUCACUGAACGAUUUCACCAGGCCAAAGCACGCCUUCGAGGUGAAUUACAAGACCACCUACAGAGCCGUACAGAACAGAUCGAUGAGAGCCACUCGUUGCUGGAAUAUCUGAGACACAAAGCAGAAGUAUCAGCCCUAGAAGCAAAGAUCGUUUUAACCGGAGGUACUACCAUGGCUGGCGAUUAUGAAGUUUCUUUACUUGGUAUCUAUGGAGAUGACAUACCCCUGCCGGAAACUAACCGAGAAAUGAUACCACUCCUCCAAAAACUCAUCAAAUUGCUACAAGAAGGUGGAUAUGUAGUGCCUAGUGGCGCGCCUCAGAUCUUACCACAGGCGGGAUUUACCACCCUUGACAAAAAAGAGGUCGAAGCACCAGGCUUUAUGGCUAGUCCACAGGCUCGAGGAAUGAUUAUGGGUAUGCAACAGCCAUCACAGUUAUACUCGAUACAACGUGGAACUGUUGAACCAAGCAAACAAACCGCUAUCACCACACUGGUAUCAAAAGACGGCCAGUCUCGUGCUGAGGACCGUUCUGGAUUCUCUGUUGCUGAUAUCAUAAGUAGCGUGGAGGUAACACAGAUGGGUGAGAAAUACAGUAGCGAGUCUGUAACCGUUGCUGAUAUAACAUCGUCCGGUACGCUGACUGAAGAAAAACGCAAAGAAAUCCAGAAAAGCCUGAUGGAAAAGCAUACCAUGGAAUGCGCACAACUGGAGAAUGAAUUAAGAUCGAAUGAAAUCAAGAGCAUUACUGAUGUGAUUACCGAAUACGAAAAGAAAAAGGAAGAAGCUUUGACUAAUUUGAAGGGGGAACUUAGGCAGAAACUUAAGACUGCAAGUAGUGAUGAAGAGAAAGAGGCUCUUCUGUUGGAUUACGCUAGCAAGAUGACCCAGGUACAGGAUGAAAUCGAAAGAGAAAAACAAAAGAAGCUCGGAGACGUCAGAAAGCAGCUUAAAGCUGAAAGGUUGAAAAGAAAGAAAGAACUUUAUUAUCGCCACAAAGAGGAAGCGCGUGCCGCAGGCAUCAGUGACGUCGUGGACCUUGAACUUCCCGACGACGAUGAACUUGAGCGAGACCUCAUUCUAUUGGCUCAGCAGCAAGAAAAACUAUUGGCAGAGCUAACCAAAGCUUAUGCAGAGGAGAGUGAUAGAGAAAGAGAAGAAAUUGAGUCUGGUCGUAGAAUGGCAUUUGAUCAGGAAAUGGAAGCAAGGCUGAAAGGAAUGAAAUUAUCUUUGUCGUCCGAGGACAUCGAUGAAGCUAUGGAGGAGGUGAAAGAGAUGCACACCAAAGGAAGUGUUCGUCGUACAAACAUGAAGGAAAAGAUGAAAGAACGCAAGGAAAGAAAGCGAGGCAGAAAAUCUGUAGUUGAUCUUGAAGCUGACCUCAAACAUGUUGAACCUGGAUCCCAAGAAGAAGCUGACAUCAAGGCAGCCAUAGCUGAAAGGGAGAAUGCUGACAGGAUAAGAGAAGAACAAGCUUUGCUUGCUGUUCUAGACGAUGUGGAAGCGGAAACAGAAUCUGAAGCUCGACAAAAGGUUGUCUCUGGCGUGAUAAAGAAAUCGCAGUUGUCUGAAAGAGAACAACAACUAGUUGUGGAACGUUUCAUGGCGGAAGCCGAGAAGAUGAAUGAGAAUUAUAAAAACAUGCAGUCACGCAGUCGGGCCGUUCUUAUGGCUAAACUAGCAGCAAGAAAGAGGCUCAAAGAAGAGAUGAGUCAUGAGAAAGUCAUUAAACAACAGCUGAAGGACAUGGCGAACAAGCAGGCUGAGCUGAAAGGUGAAGGAGGCGCCUUGGAGGUGAUGCAGGCAGCUGAAACAUCUAUCGAAGAAAAUGUUGCCAAAAACCUAGACGAACUGGCAGAGAAACAUGUCGAUCGCCAAGCAGCUCUCGACAUUGACACCCAAGAAAAGAUCAAAUCAAUGGAAGAUGAGAUCGAAGAAGAACGGACUGCCAAUGAAACCAACAUCAAUGAACAAAUUGAAGUUCAAAAAAAGAAGAUCAUCCAAGACAAGAAAGAUAAGUUCGAUAAAGACAUGGCUCGAGAAGGCGCCAAACUUUCACAAGAACAAGCUGAUCAUCUUCUUGAACAGCACAAACAGGAACUGGAGUUCCUGGAAAGGAACCUUGAUGCCGAAAAACGUCGACAAAUUGACGCCCUUAACAGCAAGAUACUCGAGAAGAAACGACGUAAAGCAGCGGCAAUGAACGCCAAGCUUGAGGUCGAAAUGAAGAAAGAACUACUGGAUCAGCAAGCUGAAAGACAGCAAAUUUGGAAUGACCAAGCACGUCAAGCACAAAAAGAAGUCCUCUCAGACAAAGUACAAACCAUGGAUAGCGAACAGGCAGGCAACACAAUAUUCCAAGUUCUGCAACAGCGUCACACACAAGAGAAAGUGGAAGCAGAAGAGAGAUAUGCUCGAGAAACAGAGAUUGCGAAGGCUGAAGCAAGAGCACAAGAAGAAGAAGCCCGCCAGGCUGCGAGGGACCAACUUAUCGGGGAACAAGAACAGGAGUUUAUGGAACUUAUUUCCAAAUCAAGUUCUUUGAGUAGCGGAGAGUUGGCACAGCAGAAAGCCGAGUUGAAACUCAAGCACAAGAAACAAUUGGCAGAGUUUGAUGCAGAAACUGAGAAUCUAUUGACGAAAGCUGAAAAUGAGGCCUUACCUUCUCUCGAAGUCAAGCAUGCUUAUGCAAGACUUGAGCUUAGAGAAAAACAACUGGCUGAGCUUGCUGGUACCAUGAAAGAACUCUCGACUGAAGAGGAACUUGUUCAGUCGUAUAUCGAAGAAUCCCAAAAAGCCGCAGAUGCAGCUAAGGAAUACCGUGAGCGAACAAUGUUCGAUAUGGCCAACAAAAUCAACCAAAUCAAAGAUAAACGACGAAUACAGAGCGAGGAAGAAAGAAAGAGAAUGGAUGAAGAGAUUAGAAUAUUAGAAGAAAAACUGGAUGAAGAACGUAACCAAGAAGAACUACGGUUGGCGGAACGAGAAGCUGAAAGGGUCGCAAAGAAGAUGCAGCUUGCGAAAGAGCAAGAAGCGUCUCGUCAACUUUCUCUUGCUCAGCAGGGUUUGAACGAAGAAGAAAAAGAGAAACUGCUCAAAGAGCACGAAGAAAACAUGGCCAAGUUUGAAACGAAUCUCCGAAAAGAACAAGACCGAGUGAAAGAAGCUUUACGCGAAAAAUUGGAAGCCCGUCGCAAGAAGAAACGUGACGCAGCCAUGAAGGAUAUCGUCGACACUGCUGCAAAGACUUCCAGUGAGGCUGAGGAACAACACAAAAAGGAUAUCCAAGCUUUGCAGAAAGAAGGAGCACAGAUGAUGAGUGCUUCUACUCCCUCACGUCCACGUACACCUCCUUCCUCGAAAGACAAAUCUGAUUCGGGAGCUMCUGAUGCAAUGAGUUCCAUACCACUUGCUCCUACAACAGCUCGUUUAGGAGUUUCUGAACAAGAUUUAGCUGGCAUGGUCAUGGGUACCCCUCUGUUUGAAAGUCUCAACGAGAUUGAGUCGAAGUUGCGCAAUAAUAUCGGCGAGGGUGGAGUCGCUGGYGCUAAGGGAGGAAGGCCAUAUAUUGAUGUACAAGAUGCUCAAUGGUUGUGUGGCGGAGAUCUGGUCCCCGUGGACAUCAACGAACUCAGCCCUACCAACUUCGUGGUCUACAGAUUUGGUGUMUUUGUGACAGAUAUGCUGAAACAAGCCAUGAAAGUACCGGAUGUGACGUUGCUUUUGGCUUCCAAUCUUCCAAACAAUGACUACCAACGAAAUGCAUUUAGGAAUUCGUUCUUUUUCGAGCAUGCCCGCAAAAUCCUGUUCAUACGCCAGGAGAGAAUGCACUCGGUUGGAGACUUUGUAGUUGUUAUCAUGCACUGUUUGGCGCACAUCAAGGUUGACAACCUYGUGGAUGAUAAUAAUCCUUUGUUCUUGAGGGAAUUCUAUAAGGCUAUGAGAAUCUGUUGUCAAGACAUGUUCUUCCAGCGAUCUCGUUCUACAAGAGCUUCUAGCGGGAUACCUGACGAUUCUGCCAUGUAUGGCGCUUUCAAGGCUGCUUUCAACCAGCCAAGCACUGUCGAAGAACGAAUGAACGUCGUGGAAGAGUUAGUAAACAUGAAGGUCAUUGGAUCGUCUGCUACAGACUUUUCAAAUCAGGGAAUAACAGAACGUCUUGCAAGGAAGAAUGCCUUCAUAACUCGUGCAAAUCUAAAGGAAUACUUAUCCAACGCACACGCUCCUUCGGAGAAGAAACAAGAAUAUACAAUGAAGAGGAUUGGGGAGCUAACAGGACAUUCCUUGCAUGACCAGACUAGAACAAGACACCAGUCAGGUCGUGGAUCAGCCAUCAUGUCACCAAAAGAACUGCUCAAUCGUCAGAUCACCAAAAUGGAAAGRAGCAUUGACGACUGUAAUGAAGAGCUCACCAAAGUAAUGAAGUCAGAGGCAGAACUAAACGAGGCGAUCCAGGAGAUGCAAGACAAUACUGAAAUCUCGACUGAAAGAAUCGCAGAUGUCAAAGAACAGUUGAGAAACGUUGAGAUGCACAAAGACAGCAUCAUUAGACGACUGGACUAUCUCGAGGAAGAGAUUGCCAAGAAGCAAAAACUGUUCAAUUAAACCUUAUUUUUAUAUAUAGAAACUCGAUUCACGGCGGUGAAAAACAAAGCCCAUAGCCGUCUGAUAGAUUAAAUUAUUUUUUUCUUUAUAAGAUUUUUCUUUAUGGAACAACUUACUUUGAUUUUUUAAUUAUCAACUGCAAUGUAGACAUUUAGAUAGCUUAUUUAUUUUUGUCAAGUAAUUUUUUWAAGUAACUUAACCGUAAUAUUGUUUCAGAUUUAUCUUGAUUCCAUCGUAUGUUUAGAUUAUUUAAAUUUGAAAAUUUGUAUGCUUUGUGAUCAAGUUCGUUCUAUCCUAAAUUAUUUGGUUCACCUGGUGACCAAAAACCUUCCACGUUAUAAUAUUUAUCAAAGCAGCACAUCGUAUUAAGAGUAAAUUUUGCCAAAUGCAUAGCACGGACCGUGAUAUCCGCAAAGGAAAAAAUUGGUCCUAAAAAUGAUUGAAACAAUACUAGUCUAAAAUAAAACACAAGAUCGCAAGGAAACUUAAAAAGAUAGUCAAGAGAGAAUGAGYAUUUUCAUUUUAUCUUGGUAUUGUGAUUUGUAUAGAAUAGAUAACAUUUAKGGCUUCGAUAAAUGACUUGAGCAAGUUAUUUUGUAAAAUGGAUGUACUUUUUUAAAAUUUAAGAUGUAAGAUUUAAUAAAAUGACCAGUAGUAGUAAA